AUGCAACAAGGUGGUGGCGGCCAUCGUCAGGCGGCGGCGCUGCUCGCCUCCGCCGGCGACGCGUUCGCGCUCGAGGUGAACCGGCUAGUUGUCUCAUUCUCCCCCGUGGUGGACUCCGUGCUGGAUCAGCUGCUCCGGGCGUGGAGCUUCCUCGCCGUGCCGCUGCUUAGAGGCGCGGUGACGCUGUGCAUGGUCAUGUCGGUGAUGGUGCUCGCCGAGAAGGUCUUCCUCGGGACGGUCAGCGGCGUCGCCAACGUGUUCGGUAGGCGCCGGCGGCGUCCGGGGAAGGGGAGGAGCGUGCGAAGGGGCGUCGACCCGGCCGUCCUGCAGGACGCGGAGGCUGGCGGCGGCGGCUCCGCGGCAUUCCCGAUGGUGCUCGUCCAGAUCCCCAUGUACAACGAGAGAGAGGUGUACCAGCUAUCAAUAGGUGCAGCCUGCAGGCUCACGUGGCCGGCAGACCGAUUAAUUGUCCAGGUCCUCGACGACUCCACCGACGCCGCCAUCAAGGAGCUGGUCAGGGCGGAGUGCGAGCGCUGGGCCAGCUGCGGGGUGGACGUCAGGUACGAGGCCCGGAAUGACAGGGCGGGCCACAAGGCCGGCAACCUGACGGAGGGGAUGCGGCACGGCUACGCCCGCAGCUGCGAGUUCGUCGCCAUCUUUGACGCCGACUUCCAGCCGGCGCCGGAGUUCCUCGCCGACACCGUCCCGCUCCUCCUCCGCGACCCCCGACUCGCGCUCGUGCAGACGCGCUGGGAGUUCGUGAACGCGGACGAGUGUUUGCUGACGAGGAUGCAGGAGAUGUCCAUGGACUACCAUUUCAAGGUGGAGCAGCAGGCAGGGUCCUCACUCUGCAGCUUCUUCGGCUACAACGGUAGUGCCGGAGUAUGGAGAAGGCAGGCGAUCGAGGAAUCCGGCGGAUGGGAUGAUCGGACGACGGCGGAGGACAUGGACUUGGCACUCAGAGCAGCGCUCCUAGGCUGGGAAUUUGUUUACGUCGGCGCCGUCAAGGUCAAGAGCGAGCUGCCCAGCUCUCUCAAGGCCUACCGGUCCCAGCAGCACCGCUGGUCCUGUGGACCCGCGCUCCUCUUCAAGAAAAUGUUCUGGGAAAUCCUCGCCGCUAAGGUCACACUUCUUUUUCAACUAUACAUCCUCAUCGAAGUCUCGGUGUGGAAGAAGUUUUACAUCAUUUACGACUUCUUCGUUGCACGGAGGAUCGUGUCGACCUUCUUCACCUUCUUCUUUUUCAGCAUGCUACUCCCUGCCAAGCUCUUGUUCCCACGGGUUGGCAUCCCAACAUGGGAGAUGAUCUAUAUUCCUACAGCCACGACGCUCCUUAACUCGGUUGGGAUUCCACAACGCUCGCUCCAUCUAGUCAUACCAUGGAUGACAUUCGAGAAUGCCAUGGCGCUGCACAGGUUUAAGGCCAUCCUCAUCGGGCUUUUCGAGGCUGGCAGGGCCAACGAGUGGAUCGUCACGCACAAGUCGGGGAGUGUUGGCCAAAAAGUGAAAUCCGUUACACCCGGUGAUUACCUCAAACAAAGGUUCCAUGUCCUGGAGCUGUUGAUGGGCGUGUUUCUCCUCGUGUCCGGAUGCUACAACUUCCUGUACGGUCAGGGUUAUUUCUACCUGUUCGCGCUGCCCCAGUCGUUCAUGUAUUUCAUGAUCGGGUUUGAGCUAUUGGGCGUCAGUGUCUGUAGCUGA